UAUUUUGAAUUUUGGAGCAACAGAAAAUGUUGAAUUCAAUAUUUUUUAUGCUGUUUAUCGGCUGGGCAUCGGCCAACGUUUCUGAAAGACUACAGCUGCUGCAAGUUUAUCCACAAACUGACGAGGAGCGUUUCUAUCUGGAGCAGUUGAAGGAAGAGCACGAUGUAUGGUACUCAUCGGAAGAUCGUUAUGACGUACUUCUGACGUCAUCAAACAUCAACUGGCUCCUCAGUUCCCUGCAGAAGAGAGGCAUUGCAUCGGCGAUCGUGAAUGAUGACCUUGACAGAGAUAUAAAAGAGGAGUUUGAAAGGCUUUCGAAAAAUGAAUUGUUCUUCGAUUAUGAUGACUUCAACAAUCUUACCUCCAUUUAUAAGGAAAUGGACAAGAUAGCAGCCAAGUGCAUUGCAGGAUUUGUUUGUUCGGUCGACAGCAUUGGAAGUUCUGUCGAGAAACAACCCAUCAAAAGAUUGAAAAUAUCGAAAAAUGUUGCAAACAGGAAGGCGGUUUGGCUGGAUGCAACAACACACGCCAGGGAGUGGCUGACAACUGCUACCAGCUUCAAAAUUAUAAAACAUCUGCAAGAUAACUACAAGGUUGAUUCAACUGUAACAAGCCUGUUAGAUAAAUACGAUUGGCAUGUCAUUCCUGUGGUCAACCCAGAUGGUUAUCUUUACACUUGGGAAAAAAUAAGUAAUCGAAUGUGGAGGAAGAACCGCAGUAUCAACUCGAAACCAACCUGCCCCGGUGUUGAUCUCAACAGAAAUGCUGACAGUGCCUGGGGAACUAGUGGUGCAAGUUCAGAUCCAUGCUCUGAAACGUACAGAGGUUCUUCAGCGGCUUCCGAACCUGAAACUCAAGCUCUACAAAAACAAAUGAAAACUCUUGGAUCAAACAUUAUUGAAAUAAUUAGCCUUCAUGCGUACGGUCAAUAUUGGCUGAUCCCAUAUGGAUAUAUCGAUAACGCCACAAACGCUUGCUAUGCGGCUCCCGAUGCUGCCGAAACUCUGAGAGUGGCUAAUGCAGCGGCGAACGCGAUUGAGAAAGUUUACAACACAAAGUGGAAGAGAGGACCAUCAUGCAGCACUAUUUAUCCUGCUUCUGGCAGAAUGACCGACUAUGCGAAGGAAAAAGCAGGUGUGCCAUACGCUGCAGUGCCCGAGGUUAGAGGAAAGAAUUUCGUUGUACCCCCAAGCGAGAUUGAGCCUUCAUUCAGAGAAAUAUGGGCUGGCAUCGUUGCUAGCAUUGCUGCCAUUGAAAAGAAACCAAACGCUUCCCAUUAGAUAUUGGUUAUUGUCACACAAGUUGAAUUAAUUUAAUUUUGAUUAUUAUUUUGCAGAAAUAAUAUUAACGAUUUGCAUAAAACUGACUGCAAACAAUAUUAAAUCUGUUGUUUUUAGUUCAUUAAUUAUUUAAAAAAAAUAAAAGUUUUUGUUUGAUCGA